CUGGGAAAGGGUGGCGCCGACAAUAACAACGACGACAACAACAGCGACACAUACCGUAACAAACAUACCGUACAUAACGGGCUCCGACUCUCCACCGCAAUGACCAUUGACUUGAAGUGUAUCUAUCGGCCAAUUGUUAGGCUAUUGUUCCCGAAAAAGGUGUUAAAACCGAGAACAGUAUACCUGAACAAUGGGGCCCUACAGCCCACCGGCGCCGCUGACUCGUCCACCCAAUCGCAGGCCACGUUUCCGGCCAACAUUGUUCGCAACCAGAAAUACAACGUGCUCACAUUUUUGCCCAUAGUGCUUUAUAAUCAGUUCAAAUUCUUUUUGAACUUAUUCUUCCUGAUCACCGCUAUUUCUCAGUUUGUCACUGCCUUAAGGGUGGGCGAGAUAUACACCUAUUGGACACCUUUGGGCUUUGUCUUAACGGUAACCCUAAUCCGGGAGGCAGUGGACGAUAUAUUGAGAUUCAAACGUGAUAAACAAAUAAAUCGCCAAAAUUACAAGAAGCUCACACCGAGUGGCGCGCAGGUGGCCAUACAUAGCUCGGACAUACGUGUAGGUGACUUGAUCGUGGUGAGCAAGGACCAACGAGUGCCGGCGGACAUGGUUUUUCUCAGGACUAGUGAGAAAACUGGCGCCUGUUUUGUACGCACGGAUCAGUUGGACGGCGAGACGGACUGGAAGUUACGGCUGGCAGUGGCCGACACCCAGUGCUUGGACUCAGACGACCAGCUCUUUGGUUGGGAGGCAUGCGUUCACGCAGAGGAGCCCCGAAGGGAUAUCCAUAGCUUUACUGGUAAAAUCACCGUAGGAUUAGUCAGCAGUAAAGAGAUAUCGUUGAACAUUGAGAACACUUUAUGGGCCAAUACAGUGGUGGCGUCGGGCACUGCCAUAGGUCUGGUUAUAUACACGGGUCCCGACACCCGGUCAAUGAUGAACAACAACGAACCCCGAAGUAAAGUGGGCUUGCUCGACUUUGAGAUUAACACCCUCACCAAAAUACUAUGCAUAGCACUGUGCGUAAUGUCACUGGCUAUGAUUGUGCUCAGAGGGUAUUGGGGCUCGUAUUACGUAAUAGUCUAUUGGGUGCGAUUUGUAAUGGCAUUCUCAUAUAUGAUACCCAUAAGUCUCAGAGUAAACCUGGAGAUCGGGCGAGUGGUCUACUCGUACAUGAUCGGCCGGGACGUGGAGAUACCGGGCACAGUUGUGCGCACCACUACAAUACCCGAGGACUUGGGCCGUAUAGCGUACCUGUUGACCGACAAAACCGGUACAUUGACCCGGAACGAAAUGGUGUUCAAAAAAAUACACCUGGGCAAAAUCGCGUACACCACCGAAUACUUUGACGAGUUAGUGGCUCUACUCCAGGCCUAUUACGUGCCGCAACCGGAACCAUCACCUAAAAACUACCAUAGUGGUACCAGUGGUUAUAGUGGUGGCCACCGGCGCAACCUGUCCAACAUAAGUACGGCCAGCUUUACGGUAGAGCGCAGGCGCUAUAUGCCGCAGCACAUGCGCGUUGACUCGUACGAAGUGGACAGGGAUAGCGUGCAACGUGUCCAGCAGGCGGUGCUCGCGUGCGCCCUAUGCCAUAACGUUACGCCCUCGUACGAGAGCUACGACCCGGUGCCCGACAGCCCGGUGGUCAACGAAUUGUCUAAAAUGCCCCCAAUGCCCGACCCCGGUAUCAUCACAUACCAGGCCAGUAGUCCCGAUGAGGUAGCGCUGGUACAGUGGACGGAACGCCUGGGCGUAGCUCUAGUAUACAGGGAUCCGACAUCGAUGAAGCUCCGGGACCCCAACGGCAAUACACUUGCCUACGAUAUAUUGCAUAUAUUUCCCUUCAGUUCGGAGACUAAACGCAUGGGUAUUAUUGUGAGAGAGGUGAAGACCGGAGAGAUUACUUUCCUGUUGAAGGGCGCGGACACUGUGAUGGCAACCAUAGUUACGGCCAGCGAUUGGUUACAGGAGCAGUCCGACAAUAUGGCCCGGAGUGGACUCAGGACACUAGUGGUGGCCAAAAAACAGUUAACUGCCGACCAGUACAGGGAGUUUGAUGGCCGGUAUAAUCAGGCCAAGUGUGCGAUGCAGGACAGGGCAGAAAAGAUCAGCACAGUUUUGGCAACACUAGAGCGUGAUAUGGAGUUACUGUGUCUAACAGGUGUUGAGGACCGGCUCCAGGAGGGGGUGGCGCAGACACUGAAGGGACUGAUGGACGGCGGCGUAAAGGUAUGGAUGUUGACGGGCGACAAACUGGAGACCGCCAUCAGUAUUGCCAAGUCAUCGCAAUUGGUGUCCAAAAUGCAGGAAUUUCACAUUUUCCCGGCGGUAACCGAGCGCCAGGACGCGCAAAAGGAGCUCAACAAUUUCGCCCGGGUCAGCGAUUUGCCCUUGGUCAUCCGGGACGAAGACCUAGAGCUACUCAUGAAAUACUAUUCGACCGAGUUCUUCGAGUUGGCCGCCCAGUGCCCGGCAGUGGUCUGUUGCCGGUGCUCUCCCACCCAAAAGGCCGAAGUGGUUCGGCUCAUACAGGAGCGCACCGGUGCCCGCACUUGCGCUGUGGGCGACGGGGGUAACGACGUGUCGAUGAUACAGACCGCCGACGUGGGCGUGGGAAUUGUGGGCAAAGAGGGCCAGCAAGCUAGUUUGGCGGCCGAUUUUUCAAUCACCCAGUUCAGCCAUAUUUACCGCUUGAUACUAAUGCACGGUCGCUAUAGUUACCAGCGAUCGGCUACGUUGGGCCAGUUUAUUAUAUACAGGGGUAUUAUCAUAACGGUGUGUCAGGCUAUAUUUUCGGCCGUUUUCAACGUGGUCUCCAUACCGUUAUAUGCGUCAUUCCUGUACAUUGGUUACGCCACCAACUAUACCAUGUUUGCCGUGUUUAGUCUGGUACUAGACAGGGAUGUGCCGCCCCGGCUGGUCAUCAGCUAUCCUGAGCUUUACAAACAGAUGAAGGGACGUCCAUUGUCGUUUAAAACAUUUUUCGUCUGGGUACUGGUGAGCGUGUACCAAGGUGGCGUAAUCAUGUACGGUGCCCUGUUGCUAUUUAACCACGACGACGAGGAGGGGUGGGAAUAUGGUGAUUUCAGUCACGUUACGGACAUCACGUUUACGGCCGUAAUAUUUACCGAGUUGUUGAUGAUUGCGCUGGUGGUGCGCACCUGGCACUGGCUCAUGAUAGUGGCGGAGCUGUUGUCGGUGGCCAUGUAUUUGGUGACCCUUAUAAUAAUGCCCGAGUAUUUCGAUGAGUUUUGGAUCUAUAGCCGCGAUUUUGUUGGCCAAACGGCACUACUUGUGGUCAUCGCUAGUCUACCCCUCUAUGGCCUGAAGUAUGCGUAUAGAAAGCUCGCCCCUCCCAGUCAUUCAAAGCUUACU